AUGCUCUUUCGCACAAUCGCACCACUGGACUAGGAACCGGCGGCUGCUGCAUCUCCCUUCCAACGGUUGUGCCCCCUCCGGCCUCCGCCACCCACUCCCUAUCCGGCUAUCCGGUUAUCCCACCCGCGCGCAACUAGCCCUCUACCGCCGAGUGGAGAUCCAUCCGGGAUCGAUUGGUUCCCCGUCCCAGAGCUGAACCCCCAUGCCCAGGUGCUUGCUGCCGGGCGCGGGAACCCAGCUGAGAUGGGGCUGGAUUUGUUCGGGUUCAGUUCUCGGGUGCUGCCAGGAUAUGCCGCAGAUCGGGGACACGCCGGUGGUGGAGCCGCCGCAUGCCAUGGGUUCUUCGCUGACACCAGAAGGAGCGGGAGGAGGAGCUAUCUGAGGGGAACUCUGAAGGAUGCCGUGGUCUGCUCUUUGGAGGACGGUGGCGGCGUCGCGGAGUCUACGACCUUGUGUAUAUCUGGUCCAUCUGAAAAUGCGAGUCGCAGCGGUGAAGUGGCAGCGAAUUCGGGUCGGGAUGUCGCAGAUGGCAUCGCUGGUACUAGUCAGAGGAGUUUUGCAGGGAGGAAGAAAGGGGGGAAGCUGUGGAGGAGACCAACGAGCGGAAACAAGCCAAUGAGGCAUGGAGCUCCGGGGCGUGCCCCUGGGAGAAAGGAUACGCAUGGUCGCAGAAUUGUAGUAAACGAUGAUGAUGUAAAUGCAAUUUGGUCUGGUGUCAGCCGCGAGUCCAGCAUUGAGGAGUGCAAUUCUGUUCUGAUCCGUCUUGAGAAGCACAGUGAUGAGAAGGCUCUUGGUUUCUUCGUGUGGAUGAAGGCCAAUGGGAAGUUAGAGAAAAAUGUGGACGCCUACCACCUAGCUCUACAAGCUAUUGCCUGGAAGGAGGACUGGAGGAGAGCUGAGCUGUUGCUUCACGAGAUGGUCGCCGUUUCAGGUUGCACACUGGACGCUCGAGCGUUCAAUGGACUGAUAUAUGUUUGUGCCAAAAGGAGGCUUGUUGAUUGGGGAACAAAGUGGUUUAAUAUGAUGCUAGACAGAGAAGUGCAGCCGAAUGUGUCGACAGUAGGUAUGCUUAUGGGCCUUUACCAGAAAACUGGGAACCUUUCUGAAGCUGAAUUCACUUUUGCCAAAAUGAGGGAAUGCAAUGUCAAGUGUAUUAAUGCUUACUCAGCUAUGAUUACUUUGUAUACACGCUCAGGCCUUUUCGACAAGUCUGAGGAGGUUAUCGUUCUGAUGAAUGAUGAUAAAGUUAUUGCAAAUUUGGAAAAUUGGUUGGUGCAGCUAAAUGCUUACAGUCAACAGGGCAAGAUGGAGGAGGCAAAAUUGAUAUUGCAGUCCAUGGUAGAUGAAGGUGUUUCCCCCAAUGUUGUGGCAUUCAAUACCUUGAUUACAGGGUAUGGAAAAGUUUCUGAUAUGCAGAAGGCCAAGGAAGUUUUUAACAGCCUUGAGAAGGCAGGUUUAGCUCCUGAUGAAACCACGUAUAGGUCAAUGAUAGAAGGUUUUGGUAGGGCAGACAAAUACGACGAGGCACUUUUGUACUACAGGAAGCUCAAGGAGUCUGGUUUUCAACCAAAUGCAUCCAACUUUUACACAAUGAUCAACUUAAUAGCAAGACAUGAUGAGAAUGAAAGCGCAGCAGAAAUUCUGAAGGACAUGAUGGCAGCAGGCUGCCAGUGUUCAUCUAUUAUUACUAUUCUUGUCCGGGCAUAUGCACAAGUAGGAGGGAUGAACAAGGUUCUACCAAUCCUACAAUCAUGCUUCUACAAGAAGAUUUUGUUUGAUGCUACCUCAUGCUCUAUUUUAGUAACAUUAUUUGUUCAAAAUUCUUUAUUGGAAGAAGCACUGUGUGUUUUGCGUGAAAAGAAGUGGAAAGAUUCUGAUUUUGAAGACAAUCUAUACCAUAUCUUGGUAUGUUCUUGCAAAGAGGCAGGCAGUUAUGAUGCUGCUGUAAGCAUCUACAAUGAGAUGCCAAAGUCUAAACUGCAUCCAAAUCUCCGCAUUUCAUGCAGUAUGAUUGAUGUUUUCAGCACCAUGGAAAGAUUUACUGAUGCUGAAACUUUGUACCUUGAACUGAAAACUUCAGCAUGUGUACUCGACAUGAUUGCUUAUAGUGUAAUUGUGAGGAUGUAUACUAAAGCUGGGCGACCAGAAGAUGCUUGCUCAGUUUUGGAAGACAUGGAGAAACAAAAAGAAAUAGUUCCUGAUAAAUACCUUUUCCUUGACAUGCUCCGGACCUACCAAAAAUGUGGACUGCUUGAGAAAUUGACCGAUACAUAUUAUUGGAUACUUAAGAGCCAAGUUGAAUGUGAUGAAGCCAUGAACAACUGCAUCAUUAACUGCUGUGGGCCAGCAAUACCUGUUGAUGAGCUCACAAGAAUUUUUGAUGAAAUGAUUCAACUAGGACACAUGGCUAGCACUAUCACCCUAAAUGUAUUGCUAGAUAUAUAUGGAAAGGCUGGGCUUUUUAAUAGGGCUCAGAAGGUGUUUAACAUGGCUCGGAAGCAGGGGCAGGCAGAUAUCAUAUCAUACAAUACUAUCAUUGCAGCGUACGCACAUAGUGGAGAUUUUCGCAGCAUGACUUACUUUGUCCAAAAGAUGCAGGAUGCAGGGUUUCCUGUUUCUCUCGAGGCGUACAAUUGUAUGCUGAAUGCUUAUGGAAAGGCAGGCCAAUUGGAGGAAUUUGCUGCUGUUUUGCAGAAAAUGAGGAGAGCAAAAUGUGACUUUGAUCACUACACUUACAAUAUUAUGCUCAAUAUAUAUGGAAGAAAGGGUUGGAUCGAAGGUGUUGCUUAUGUUCUUUCAGAACUAAAGAGCCGCGGCGUUGAACCAGACCUUUAUAGUUAUAAUACCCUGAUAAAAGCUUACGGGAUAGCAGGAAUGCCCGAAGAUGCUGUCAAACUGAUGCAAGAGAUGAGGCUUAAAGGUAUUAAUGCUGAUCGAAUAACGUAUACUAACCUCAUAGCAGCUCUACAAAGGAAUGAAAAUUUCUUAGAAGCAGUCAAGUGGUCUCUCUGGAUGAAGCAAACAGGAGUUGGGGGCCGUGGAGCUCGUGCAUAAUGUGCCUUAAGCAUUCAGGUUUUGCUUGCAUAUAGUCCCGCAAAACACUGCCAUUGUUCUUCAAUCAGAGUAUACAGUAUAGAGUGCCAUUGUAGAAAGCAGUAUAGCUGGUUGCCUGAUUGUUUCUGCAUCUUUUACGGGCGUGUACAAACCUGUAGAUGACAUUCAAUCAGUGUAAAGCGAGAUGGGAAACUUUUACCAUACAUACCGCACAAUUGUAAACUAACUAUGAAAGUGGAUUUAAAACUUCUGAAGAUGGAUGAAAGAAAGUCAAUUCAAUUUG